AUGAAUGAAAGUAAAAGGAAUUACUCCUACACAAACAGCAGUAUAGAUUACUUAAUAGACGCAUAUGUAAACGAGAAUAACUGUUCACGAUUACUACCAUACAAAAGCUCAGUUGAUACUUUCUGGUUUUAUUUAGAAGACAGGUUAUAUGAAAUGGAGACAGAUCCAGUUAUUAAAUCUUUACUUGAAAUGGAAUACAACAGAAUUAACUAUUUUCUGAAAGAAUAUCUCUUAGUGAGAAUUGAUAAGAUAAGACACUUAGUAUAUAUCGAUAGAAACAAUCUUAGUAGUAAUGAAACAAUAUUUUAUGAAAGUUACUACGAGUUAAUGGAUAAAAUGAGUAUAAAUUAUAAUCAAAAUGAAGGUGAAAGUGAAAAUGAAUUUGUAGGUUUUAUAUGUUUAACUAACAUUGAUAAUAUAAAAAUAGAUGAUAAUGUAUUUAAUUUAAGAGCAGGUGAAUUUUAUAUAACUAGUUUAAGUCAAAUUUAUAAAGAAUUAAUUGAUGAAAAGGUUAAAUUAGUAUAA